AUGAACUUUUUAGCAAGAGUUAGUCAUCAAGCGAUUAGGUUGGGAGAGAGCAUACAUAUCUUCGAUAAUCAGAUGGAAUGCGCUUGGACAAAUAUGAGCUAUGGGAAUGGGAUGAUCAUUAUCAUACGUAGGGAUCUGUGGAGCAUUUUGGAGCAUAUGAGCAUUGGAGCUUGUGGACCACCACGAGGAUUGAUGAGUGGGCGGUUUUCUCACACGAUUUAUGUUGGGAACCUUCCUUUGGAUAUAAGAGAAUGGGAAGUUGAAGAUCUGUUUUACAAGUAUGGGAGAAUAUUGGACAUGGAAUUAAAGAUUCCACCUCGUCCUCCUUGUUAUUGUUUUGUGGAGUUUGAGAGUGGGCGGGAUGCUGAGGAUGCGGUUAGGGGUCGUGAUGGAUAUAAUUUUGAUGGGUGUCGCCUCAGGGUUGAACUUGCUCAUGGUGGUAGAGGACAAUCAUCAUCAUCUGGUGACUAUCGCAGCAGUGGUGGUGGAUCUGGGCGUUAUGGCAUCUCACUUGUUGUUCGAGGACUACCAUCGUCUGCUUCAUGGCAGGAUCUGAAGGAUCAUAUGCGAAAGGCCAGUGAUGUGUGUUUUGCGCAAGUUUCUCGUGACAGUGAAGGGACAUUUGGGGUUGUUGACUAUACCAACUAUGAGGACAUGAAAUAUGCUAUAAGGAAGCUUGAUGACACUGAGUUUAGAAACCCUUGGACAAAGACGUAUAUUCGGGUAAGGAAGUAUGAUAGCAGGAGCAGGAGUUCCUUGGGGAGGUCCGUGUCAAGAUCUGCAUCUCCUGCUAAACCAGCAAGGUCAAGGUCAAGGUCUCAAUCUCCCCAUCAGGUCCCCUCCCCCUCCCCCCUGAAGCCAUCUCCCAAAACUAAACUUAAACCUUUCUUUGUUUUAUUUAACUUUGGAACUUGUGUUUCUGGGUGUUAAUUGCAUUGUGUUUGUUUUUCAUUUUUUCUUCGAAUCAGAUAUAUUCUAAACAUUAUAUAUAUAACAAUCUAUUCCAAUCAAUAAUAAUAAUAAUAACUAGAAAAGUGCCCCCGCCAUUGUGGGGGUCGGAUUUAGAUUAAAUGACAUAGUUUAUUCAUUUAUUUAUUGGAAUGGAAAACCGCUCUUUUGCCAAAUAAACACCACAUAAAUCUUUAGCAAUAUACCACCCCGGACUUGGCAACUUUCCUAUGAAGAUGAAACAUCCGUGCGCAUUAUCAUUGUUGGAAUGUUUUCAGAAGAAGAUUCAUCUUGAAGGUUGUGGACGUUUCAGACUUCUGACCCAUGUAGUUAUCUUAGAAGAAGACAACUUUUUUGAUGGUGAAUCUUGUGCAUAAUCAUUUGUAGGUUCCACUUCUAAGCAAAAGUAUCAAUUCUUUCUUUUGCAAUUUUGAAUAAUUCCUGUACUGUUCUAUAACCAACCCCUCGAUUUCCCUCUGUUUCACCAUAUUGAAAUAUGCACAUGUCGUAUCCAUUGAAAAGUGAAGCCACCAAUGGUGAAGCAUUGUUUGUUUGAUGAUGAAUCAAAGUCAACCAUUGUUGACCAUGUUUCCUGAAACUAUAAAAUCCUCAAAUUGAUUAUGAAGCUUUCUUCGCUUGAUUUGUUCUUUGUUGUAUUUGAGUUUAAGAUGCUUACACUCUACAACUAAAAGUAAUGAUAGAAGAGAGAGCUGAGAGUGGUUUGGAACUGCGUUAGCACAGUGGUGUGCAGAAACCAUGUUAUUGAGAUCAGGAAGAAAUUGAGUCAGCACAGUGGUGCUCUCUUGAAGAGAGAGCUGAGAGUGGUUUCGUUUCAAUACAUACUUCCUUGAUUGUAGCCACCCAAACUUUCUUGUCAUGUUCAUAUCUACCUGAUAUGCCCCUCAAUUCUUCAGAUUGUUUAUCCAUUUUUUGGUCUAAAAAUAAACAAAAUUAAGAAUUUCUAACAUCUAUAACAAAAUUAUUAUUUAUAUCUGCAAAUGAAAAC